UUGCCCCUCUAGGAAGGAGCACUCGUUGAUCGAGGCUCUCCAAGCCAAGUGUUCGAGGGGAAAACGCGGCGGGGCGAUUUUUCGCUGCUCUUCCCAGGCGCCGAAGGUCUGAAGCAGCCGAGCCCCGUUUGCUCCCCUCCUGGAAACCGGGCAGUCGGGGCGGAGGGGUCUGGUUAGGCCACCUCGGAGUGCCUUGGCCUUGUUUUGUCUCCCCUCGAGCAGAAAACCCAUUCAGGCACAGAGGUCUCCCAGGGAUCAUGGAGGGCGCCUUCUUCAGCCCAGAGAUCCACCGCCGGCGCUUCCGUGGGCUCGAUCGCUGCCGCCAGGAGGCCGAGGGGCCCCGGGAGCUUUGCAGCCGCCUGCACCGGCUGUGCCGUCAGUGGCUGCGGCCGGAGAGGAGCAGCAAAGGGGAGAUGCUGGACCUGGUGGUGCUGGAGCAGCUGCUGGCCCUGCUGCCCCCGGAGAUGGCCAGCUGGGUGAGGGAGUGCGGAGCCGAGAGCUGUUCCCAGGCUGUGGCCCUGGCCGAAGGCUUCCUGCUCAGCCAAGCCCAGAGGGAAGAGCCCGGAAAGGGGCAGGUGCAGGAGCCAUUCACUGGGGAGAUCUCCACAGAGCUUCAGGAAAGAGAAGCUCCAUCCGGCCCUUCUCAGGACCUGCUUUUUGGGAGGAUCCAACUCGGGCCUCCUUGCCAGGGAUCUGGUCCAUUUGAGGAGGUGACUGUGGACUUCACACUGGAGGAGUGGGAGCUGCUAGAUUCUGGCCAGAAGACCUUGUGCAGAGAAGUCAUGUGGGAAAUUUUGAAGAAUAUGGCUGCUCUAGGAGGUGAUGGGCUGGAAAAUGAGAAUAGCAAGCAAGCAAAAUUAAAGACAGAGAAGAGUGAAGUUGAGGAAAUGAUAUUUGGCCAUGAAGAGGACAGAAGAAGACAAGAGAGAAACCACUCAGAGGAUGGAGGGGAGAAGUCGUCCACUUCUGUUGCUGUUGGAAUCCCUAGCUUCCUGUCCCAGCAAGACCUGGAAGGAAAGAAAAAGGAAAACUAUGGGAAAAAAGAGAAAAAUCAAUUUGAUUUACAUGAAUGUGGCAUAAACCAGACUGAAGAGAAACUGUAUGCAAUGUAUGAAAAAUAUGUCAGUCAUUCCUUCUCUUUUACUUUACGAAAGGAACUAUACAGCAAAAGCAAACCACAUACCUUUGUAAAAUCUGUGAGGAGUUCCAGUCGGAGCGGAGAGACGAAACUGUGCAUGGAGUGUGGAAAGAGAUUCAUUAGCAAGAGUAAACUUAUUCUCCACCAAAGGAUCCACACUGGAGAGAGACCACACAAAUGCACGGUGUGUGGAAAAAGCUUUACCCAGAAAGGCCACCUCAGUUCUCAUAACAAGAUCCACACAGGGGAGAGGCCAUAUAAAUGCACCGAGUGCGGAAAGAGCUUUUCUGAGAAGAAAGAAGUCACUCGCCACCAAAGGAUCCACACAGGGGAAAGACCCUAUAAAUGCCUGGAGUGUGGAAAGAGCUUCACUCAGAAAGGGCCACUUAAUUCUCACGAAAGGAUCCACACGGGGGAGAGGCCAUAUCAAUGCAUGGAAUGUGGAAAGAGAUUUAUCCAGAAAGGACAACUUAAUUGUCACGAAAGAAUCCACAGAGGGGAGAGACCGUAUAAAUGCACGGAAUGCGGAAAGGGCUUUACUCGGAAAGGGUAUCUCAUUGCGCAUGAAAGGAUCCACACAGGGGAGAGACCUUAUAAAUGCGUGGAAUGUGGAAAGAGCUUUUAUGACAAGACAAGUGCUACGCGUCACCAAAGGAUCCACGCCGGAGGGAACAUAUAGAUAUGCCUUGAGUGUGAAGAAACCUUAAUGACUGCAGCACCUUUAGUUGUCGGAUGUGUGCAGGCAGGAAAAUUAGAAAUGCAUGGAACGUGGAUCAAGCUUGACUGAGUAUAGGGUGCCCAUCUUUCAUAAAAGGAUGCACACAGGAAAAACUACACACAUCUAUAGACUGAGCUUUAUUUGUAAUAGUCAACAUAUUGAUCAUCCAAGGAUCCAGACGUGGCAGGCAGCUUAUUAAUGCACAGAAUAUACAAAGAUGUUUUUCUUGAGCCUGAAUCUUACCAUCCAAGCAGCCACACACAAGAAAAGGUAACAGGUAAAGGUUCC